AUGGCAGCGAUGCCCGAACACGACCCUACCCGGGCCGAGGAGCAAAAGGGCCCCGCCUCGCCCGGCCAGCUCAGCCGCCAGUCCUCCCUCGACAUGAAGGAGAAGUCGCCCGGCGUCGUCCGCAUCGAGGCCAUCGCCUCGGUCAUGACCCGCACCGACCGCUUCUUCAUCUUCUUCGGCGUCUUCCUCAUCGCCUACGCCUACGGCCUCGACGGCACCCUGCGGUACGCCUACCAGCCCACGGCCUCGGGCGACCUCGGCAACCACUCCCUUUCGGCCACCGUCAACGUCCUGCGCGCCGUCAUCGCCGCCGCCGCCCAGCCCACCUCGGCCAAGAUCGCCGACGUCUUCGGCCGCGUCGAGCUGAUCAUGGUCUCCGUCUUCUUCUACGUCAUCGGCACCAUCGUCGAGGCGACGGCGCAGAACAUCGACACCUUUGCCGCCGGCGCCAUCAUCUACCAGAUCGGCUACACCAUGGUCAUGUUCCUCGUCGAGGUCGUCAUCGGCGACAUCACCUCGACCCGCGCCCGCCUGCUCUUCAGCUACAUCCCGGCCCUGCCCUUCAUCAUCAACACCUGGGUCAGCGGCGACAUCUCCCAGGCCGUCCUCGACAACACCACCUGGCGCUGGGGCAUCGGCAUGUGGUGCAUCAUCUACUCGGCCUGCGCCAUCCCGCUCGUCAUCUCGCUGACCGUCGUCGGCAUGCGCGCCAAGCGCAUGGGCGCCCUCGCCAACUACAAGUCGAACUUCCAGCAGCUUGGCCCCCGCGGCUUCUGGAUCGACCUGUUCUGGCGCCUCGACGUGCCCGGCAUCAUUCUAGUCAUUGCCGUCUUCGCCCUCGUCCUGACCCCGCUGACCCUCGCCGGCGGCUUCGCGACCUCGUGGGGCAAGGCGCACAUCAUCGCGCCGCUCGUCGUCGGCAUCGUGUGCAUCCCGGUCUUCAUCUUCUGGGAGCUGCGCGCGCCGCACCCGCUCGUGCCCUUCCGCACCAUGAAGGACCGCGCCAUCUGGGGGCCCAUGGGCAUCGCCAUCCUGCUCAACUGGUCGUGGUACAUGCAGGGCGACUACCUGUACACCAUGCUCGUCGUCGCCUUCGACUUCUCCAUCACCUCGGCCACGCGCAUCGCGUCGCUCUACUCGUUCUGCUCCGUCAUCACGGGCUUCCUGCUCGGCUUCGUCGUCUACAAGGUCCGCCGGCUCAAGUACUUCAUCAUCGCCGGGACAUGCCUCUUCCUCGUCGCCUUCGGCCUGCUCAUCCGCUACCGCGGCGACCCGAGCCCGGCCGGCAGGUCCGGCGUCAUCGGCGCCGAGGUCCUGCUCGGCAUCGCCGGCGGCAUGUUCCCCUACCCGGCGCAGGCCUCGCUGCAGGUCGCCCUCAGGCACGAGCACCUGGCCGUCAUGACGGGCCUCUACCUGGCCACCUACCAGGUCGGCUCGGCGUUCGGCAACACCGUCUCGGGCGCCGUCUGGACGCAGGUCCUCCCCGGCGCGCUCGAGGACGCGCUGCGGCCCAUCAACGCCUCGCUCGCGGCGCCCGUGUACGAGAACCCGCUCGUCGUGGCCGUGGGCUACCCCGUCGGCAGCCCCGAGCGCGACGCCAUCGUCCACGCGUACCAGCACACGCAGCGCCUGCUGUGCAUCACGGGCGCCUGCCUCUGCGUGCCGCUCAUCGCCUUCGCCUUCUGCCUGCGCAACCCCAAGCUCAACGACAAGCAGAACCUGGUCGAGCACCAGGACGAGGAGGUCGUCCGGUAG